CUCUUUAAUAUGUGUCAUAACCAUGGGAUGGGUCGUUCCCGGCGCCAGUUAACGGCGCUACUUUAUUUUAAAAACGAAUCCCAGAGAGCUGAACCGGUGUGUAAAGAUGUCCUUAGUUCUGCUUUUCAUUUACCUGGGAGGAACCACAUUACCCUUCGUUAAAUGUUUCAGUGAUGGCAAUUUUGAUGGCAAUCAAGAUGUGUGUCAGUCAAUGGCAGUUGAUCAUGAUGGCCUGUCCAAUCAGGAUCCAGCAUCAAAUCCUUUUACAGUUGUUCCUGAUUAUGUUGAUGUCACAGUUUCGGGAGAAGUUGUUACUGUAUCACUCACAGCUAAUUCAGGUCGAUCUUUCCGUGGCUUCAUGUUGGAGGCAAAAGAAACUAACGACGGUCCACCUGUGGGUGAAUUCUCUGUGCUGGGCUCAGCCAUCAGCAGACUCCAGAGCUGUAACGGCAUUGCUGGUGGAGCUGUUACACAAAACAAUAACCAAGAUAAGACUGCUGUAACAGUCUCAUGGAGAGCUCCUAACACUGGAAAAUACUUCUUCAGAGCUACAUUUGUUGAGAACUUUGAGACUUUUUGGGCUAGAAAGGACAUAUCCCCACCUACAACAACUACAACGUCUACAACAUCAACAUCUUCAACACCCUUUACAACAACGUCAGCAUCAGCACUCACCACUGUUACUUCUGUACCCGUCUCCAUGCUUCAACCAGAUCCCACUACUGUAACUGAAGUCACAUCCCUGGUACCCACCUCUACAACUGAUCCAGCGACAUCUGUACGUUCAUCAACCCAGGGCAUUUCCUCUACAGAUACUACUGUUGCUUCUAUACAUGCACUAUAUUCUGCCUCUACCCAGCUAUCAGAUCCCACAACCAUAACUGAAGUCACAUCUCUGGUAUCCACCUCUACAACUGAUCCUACAACAUCUACAGGUGCAUCAACACAGGGCUUUUCCUCUACAGAUACCACUGUUGCCUCUACACAUGCACUGCAUUCUGCCUCUACCCAGCUAUCACACCCCACCACUAUAACUGAAGUCACAUCUCUGGUACCCACCUCUACAACUCAUCCUACAACAUCUUUAGGCAUGUCAGCAGAGGGCUUUUCCUCUACAGAUACCACUGUUACUUCAACACAUGCACCGCAUUCUGCCUCUACCCAGCUUUCAGACCCCACUACUAUAACUGAAGACACAUGUCUGGUGCUCACCUCUACAGCUGAUCCUACAACAUCUACAGUCAGUACUUCAGCCAAAUCAGACCUAUCUGUGUGUAAGACUGGGAGUGACUGGUUUUUAAUCCUGCUAUUGGCCAGCUAUCUGUCUCUCGUUGAGGGCUUCCCUUUCCUGAUGGAACACAGAAAGCGAAGAAAUGUUGUUGUGAUGCAGGUUUCUUCUGUUCUUUCUUUACUAUUUUCAUUAGUGGCUUUCAUCAUCUUGCUGAUACUCACUGAACUGGUUGCAGCCAAAGUUUUGACAGGACUGGCAGUGUUUCUGAGCCUGUGCCAAAUAAUUGUGAUAUUUUCGUUCCACGAACCAAGCCAUCAGUUAAGGAGACACCUGUGCUGGGUCUUCGGACUGGUUGCAUUUGCAAACAUUUGUGUGACAACGGCUGCAAUAUUUGUUGGGCUUGUGCAGUGGAAGGUCUGUUUAUGGCUACCCAUUGUGAUGGCAGCAUAUCUGGCAUGUGACAAUCUAUAAGCAUACUGUGGUGUAAAAUACUGUGAUACGUGAGCAAAAGAUUUCUUUCAGGUCUGUGUGCCUUGUCAUCUCAACACUGGUGAAUAUAGCAUUUCCAGUAGCACUUAUCAUUGGAAUAUUUUUGUGUAACUAUGGUACAGUAACAACAGGGCAGAGUAGUGGAAAUACAUGAUUGUUACCUAAGAGACUUUGAUUCCAUGAUGAUUUACUGUUUUACUUUCUUGUUUGUUUUCACUUUCAUUAAGUCCUGGCUGUUUUGCAUUCAUUCAACUAUCAUUCAUUUAUUCACGUAAAGCCUUUUGUAUACACUGCACUGCACUUUUCCACUGUUAUUUCAAGAAUCAUGCCAAUAAUUUAUUAUUUUUUUACAAACAUUAUUAUUAUAUAUAAUUAUAUUAUUCAUGGAGUAUUUUUUUACUUUUUAAAAUUACAUACAAAUUUAUGUAAAAUGAUUAUAGAUUUUUGUAAUCAAAGGUGAUAUAUACAACAUUUUAAACUUUAAUAUAGCAGCAAACAACUGUUCUCUAUGUAAAGAUAUAGUGGAGUAAUAGCGUCUUGAGCAGAGAAUGAAGGACAUAG